CUCUGCCCAUGGCAACACCAUGUUCGAUGCCCAAUCUGAUGGUCUUUCGUCCCCCCUGGCUUUUGUGACAAAUCGGUUCCUCCCCAAACACAUACAGACUGCGACAAAUUCUCGGCAUUGCAAGAUUUCCUUCCUUCUCUUCGACUGCCCCCAACUUAUCUCCCUUUUAUUGCUGCUGUAACGCCAGGCUGCGCAUCCAAGAAUUAAUCAUUUCUCCCCCCACAGACUUGAUCCCAGCUCUCAAGACAACUCGACCAUGUGAGGCCGCACCUCCGCCUGGUGCCGCUGCCGACGCGACUAUCAGCAUGUCUC